GUGAAGAUAUCCAUGAUUCAAGUGAAGAUGGUGAUGAUGAUGAUGACAAUGCUUCAGAAAUUAUGUCUGAGUUAGAAAAAGCUGUUGGCCAUGAAACUCCAGAUCUUGAUGCACAAGAUUCUGAAGCCAGUGGAUCAAAGCCAUCAAAUGCAAAACGCAAUAUUAUAGGAUCAAUACGAAGUAACAAGAAGAAGCAAAGAUUGUCAAAACAAGAAGAAUUUCAAAAAUGUAUGGAUGAAUUUACAAAAUCCCAAAAGGAAUCAGAUGAAAAAAUUUUGGAAGAAAUGAAACACCAGGUUAAAGUUGAUGCUGAGCUACGAAAACAAGAAUUAAAGGCAUAUACUGAUUCGAUGGCAUUACUGGCCAAUGCCAUUUCAAGCAGACAGCAGCCAACUGUGCAACAACCUCUCAGUAAUCAGUUUUACUUUGAAGAUGAAAACAGCACCAAAACAUAUUAUAAAUUAUAA